GUGACGUGAUGGCUAUUGGAUGAGGUGUUUGAUGAGGUUGUUCGCGAACAGUAAAGAAAUUGUGAUUUUUAGUUUUUACAUCAUUUCAUGUAAACUGUAAACUAAACGCUCAAAACUGAAUACUGCAUUGUUGAGUGUUGAUUGAUUUAAUAUUAUAUUCACUGAUUGGAUCAAAAAGAAUUUAAUUUUAUACGUACAUUGGUUUACGUGGAAACUGAAUAAGUAUUCUUGUACUAAUUAAUUAGGAAUAUUUGAAUUUAUGCGCUUUAUUUUAAAUUGUUUGUGAUAAAUUAUACAUUCAUCAUAGUAUUAAAUUGGAAAGGUAUAUGAGUCUUAGCUACGUUAUGGUUUCGAAUCCUGAAAAUUUACCGGCUGAAAAACUUACCAUAUCAGUUAGAAAUGGAGGUAUUUUACAAGAAAUUAAGGCUUUGAGUCCGUACUGGGUUGAGAAAAAAGAUUUAAUAUUAUAUGAGGGGCCUCCAACAGGCAGUAAUUUAAUUCCCGGUUCUGUGGGAGCUUGGAAGUCUAAAAUAUCAAUUUAUCUAGAAAAUCUUAAGUGGUUGUUAAGUUUGGAGCAUCACAGGUUUUGGAGUACGGUUCUGCACCAUUCCCAGUGCAUGGAUAUGAUAAUAUCAUUUCUACAGGAGGCUCGUCCUCCAUACAUGACACCUUAUGAAAUGAAAGAUGUGAGGAGCUUGUAUGAGGAAAUACGGAGACUUGUGCUUGUUGUGUUUAGCAGAUUAGUGACAAAUAAAGAGAGUAAGACCCAAUGGCUAAGCAAAGAGUUCAUGUCAAAACAAUUUUUUGACAAUUUCAUCUUCACAAUCCCACUGUUAUUUGAUAUCUGUCUGAUAUACGGAUGUGACAACAAUCGCCAUGUCUCAAGGAUGCUGGAGGCCGUGUUCACAUUACAGCCGAAAUAUAUGGAUGAAACUGCAGGGGCGCUGCGGUUUGCACAUGAGGCUUUCAAAUUCAUAAUCCUUCAAGUCAAUAACAACUACGAUUGUGAAGAGCCACCAAACUUACCAGCGACAUACAAAGGUUUCGGUGAGAUACGACGGCCAUCCGACUCGAAGGACCAUGAAAAACUCACUCUUGAUAUAUUGAAGGAUUUGAUAAUACAUAUGUUAGAUACGGCUAUGACGUUGAGGAUUUUUUUGGAAGUCUAUCCCAAAAGUGCUGACAUUUUUAGAAAUACGAAUUUUGUGUUGAGUAUAGCCCAACUUUACGAGUAUGGAAUACCACACUUGUAUGAGAAGCUAGAAGAGAUUGGAGAUCAGUCGAGUUCCAGCUACACCGAACUAGAAGGCUACAUAGAUCUCAGCAGGUCCGAGCUCAUCGACGUUAUCAGAGAAAUACUGGCAGUCUACAAAAGUUAUAUACUUAGUGGGGAGGGCAACAUAUCCCAAAAUAUGGAAGCUUACCUCUCUGUGAUGAUGCAAGCACUGUCAGAAAAUCUGUUGAUAAGAGACUACCAUGUUUGUUAUCCGGUGCAUGAUGACCUGGAGAUGUUGAAACAAGCUUUCCCUGAUAUAGAUACCGUAAAAACAGAUUUCAUUCUCCAAGCUAUUUACUCUAACCUACAUGAAGAUCAGCCUGAACCAACACACAUAGAGAAACAAGAGCAUAGACAAUUAAACGGCCAUGUUGAAACAAGAGACAGUAGACCUGGGCCAUCCACAGACAAUGAAUUACCCGAUGAAAUCAAAGAACAAUCUCUUAUUAGUGAAGUGAAAGAUAUUUUACCGCAUUUGGGGGACGGUUUUAUAUUAAAAUGUUUAAAGUAUUAUGAUUUCAAUGUGGAGAGGGUAAUUAGUAGUGUAUUAGAGGGAAAUUUAGCAGAAUCAUUGAGAGGUAUUGACCAAUCACUACCAGUAGUACCUGAAGAUCCACUUGACAAGAAGUUCUUGGAGACGGGAGUGGAAAGACUGAACGUGUUCGACGGUGACCAGUUCGACCUGAUGACCAGAGACGACGUAGAUCUCAGCAAGAUACACCUGGGCAAGAGGAAGUCCAAAUAUAAGGAUCUGAAGGAUAUGCUGAACGACAACAAGGAUGUGAAGAGCAGGGCAGACAUAUAUAGCAAAUAUAACUUGGUGUGCGACGACGUGGCGAUGUACUCCGACGAGUACGACGACACCUACGACUCGGAUGGAAUCGUGCCGAACACGGACUUGACCGACGACGUGCGCCGCCCGUUCGUCACGCCGCGAGUCUUGCAGUCCCGUGCUAAGAAUGACGAGGUGUCUGAGGAGUCCGAGAGCGAGGAAGAGAGACCAUCGGGCAGUCAGCAGCGAAGGGAGUUCUGUGUGGACCCCGCCUUGCUGCGAGCACGUCGUGAAGCAACCAGGCAGCCGCGACGACCAGACCACAGGCCACCACCACAAAAGAGCAUCGAUGUGGUGGGUAAACCCAAGGGCCACGGUCAAGAGAAGGAGGUUCUUCACAACCGAGAUAAGAAAGAGAAGCAUAAAUCGUCUCGUGCCAACCACAACAGGAGACAAGGUGCCCAGUGGAAACGGAGUCAGGGCAUGAUGCCGUCCUGAUAUUUACAUAUCUACAGAAGUCGUAAACCAAGUAUUAUCAUAGACUACUUGAUUUGUAAUAUCUCUCUUGUAUUUCGUACCCAAUAAUCUUUUUAAUUUAUUAUUGCCUUUGUUACCCAAUACCAUUAUUAUUAAACUAUAUGCCAGAAUUAUUCUACUUGCUACUUUAUACUACAGUUUCAUAACAAUAAGCACUCAUACAAACUACAAGCAUUCAAAUCGGUCUGUAACCAUUUCUUCUAUUUAACAAAAAAUCACACUGAAACCCAAUUAUUACUACCUCUAUUUCUGAAGCAUUCAAAUUGUUUGGCAAUUACUUCUACUGAAGUAGUCUUCACAGUAAUUAAUAAUUGUUAUCCAUAUUGCCUAAGCUUUCAAAUCGUUCUGCAAUGAUUUUUUUAAGUAUUCGCACUGAAACCGUAUUGCGGAAGCAUAACCAAAUUAUUGUUACGCGUAUUGCGGAAGCGUAGCCCAAUUAUUGUUAUUCGUAUUGCGGAAGCAUAACCAAAUUAUUGUUAUGCGUAUUGCGGAAGCGAAACCCAAUUAUUGUUAUUCGUAAUGCGGAAGCAUAACCCAAUUAUUGCUAUCCGUAUUGCGGAAGCGUAGCCCAAUUAUUGUUAUUCGUAUUGCGGAACAUAACCAAAUAAUUGUUAUGCGUAUUGCAGAAGUAUUCAAAUUGUUCUGCAAUCAUUUUUUCUAUUUAACAAUAAUUCACACUAAAGAUAAAUUAUUGCUAUCCGUAUUGCAGAAGCAUUCAAAUUGCUCUACAAUCAUUUCUUCUAUUUAACAAUAAUUCACUCUGAAACCCAAUUAUUGUUAUCCGUAUUGUGGAAUCAUUUAAAUUGCUCUGCAAUUAAUCCUAAUAUACACUAACAUUAUUAAUAAGAAACAAAAAGCAAAAAAAUCGUCAAAGCAUUGACUCGUUAAAAUAGCAUAGUCCAAUUACUCUUAUUGUGUACAUUCAAUCCACAAUUUUUUUCAUAAAUCGCUAGGCAAAAUUCACACCGCGUUCCUUGCCGCGCGCCUUUUCCUCCCCACCAGUGGCGUGAUACCUACAUUGACACACUUCAUUGAUGCGCGUCAUUUGUAAUUAGUAUUAUAUCCAUAAUUAAGGCAAGAUUUUUGAAAAGUUCAACAUGUAACAAUUCUUUUAUUUACCAGUACAUAAAAAGACUACUGGUUGUUAAUCUCUUUACUAUUCUACUUUGGUAGAUCUUUGUUGGUGAUAGUUAAAACUAGUGGUGCUAUAGCCAAUUAAUUGCCUUAAAUUAUUGAAAAGAAAAUGCUUUAAUACAUAUCGCGUAACUUUAUUCACUACAUAUUACAUAAUCAUAAAAUAAUACGAAAUAUAUUAUACAGUCAAGUUUUGUUUAACCGUAUUGUUCGGUUUCACAAUAUUAUGAAUAUAUUAUUAUAUAUUUUGACAUGAAUGUAUAGCAGUAAAAUAAGUCACUACAGAUAGUUGAGUUAAAUUGUUAUAAUAGGAUUUGUUACCCUGUUAAGUGUUCAAAUAUAUUUAUUGGAAUGUUA